GAAAGAUAACUACUGUUAAUGUUAAAAAAAAAAGUUAAUCUUCAACUUUGAGUGGACACGUUUUGGAGGGCCCUCCCUCUGUGGUUUUAAGGACCCAAGACUCAGCCCAUAAGGAAUACAUGACUUAAAAGGAGUGUUGUGAAACUUUAUUCUUUGGCUCUGUCACCUUCCCUCACGUAGGAAAACCUUAAUGCUAGAGUGAUGAAACUUGUAGCUGCAGGGCAAACAUUCUUGCUGGAGCACUGUCUGUCCUGCCCUCCCUCCCUCCAAGCCGCUCACCUCCUGCCCAGGAUCAUCAGAAAAGCCCUUUCUGAGGAAAAACGUGUUUCAACAAAAACAUCAGCUGCAGAUCUUGUGACAGAAACGGAUCACCUUGUGGAAGAUUUAAUUAUUUCUGAGCUGCAGAAGAGGUUUCCUUCGCACAGGUUCAUUGCAGAAGAGGCUGCAGCUGCUGGGGCCAAGUGCGUGCUCACCCCCAGCCCCACCUGGAUCGUCGACCCCAUUGACGGCACCUGCAACUUUGUGCACAGAUUUCCAACUGUGGCAGUAAGCAUUGGAUUUGCUGUGAACCAAGAGCUUGAAUUUGGCGUGAUUUACCACUGCACGGAGGAGCGGCUGUACACGGGCCGGAGGGGCCAGGGGGCCUUCUGCAAUGGCCAGCGACUCCAGGUCUCCAGGGAGACAGAUCUCUCAAAGGCCUUGGUUCUAACAGAAAUCGGUCCCAAACGUGACCCUGCUACUCUGAAAUUGUUCCUGGGCAACAUGGAGAGGUUACUCCACGCCAAAGCUCAUGGGGUCCGAGUGAUUGGGAGCUCCACCCUGGCGCUCUGCCACCUGGCCUCAGGGGCCGCAGACGCCUAUUACCAGUUUGGCCUGCACUGCUGGGACCUGGCUGCUGCCACAGUCAUCAUCAGAGAAGCGGGUGGCAUCGUGAUGGACACUUCAGGUGGACCUCUCGACCUCAUGUCUUGCAGAGUGGUUGCUGCGGGCACCCGAGAAAUGGCAACGCUCAUAGCUCGGGCCUUACAAACAAUUAACUAUGGGCGGGACGAUGAGAAGUGAAAGGGAGCAGACGACAGAGAAUGCCGACCCAGGCCCGGGCCCUCCCGGAACGUGAAGCUGGCGGCCUUGAGCAGCCUGUCCUCAGGUGUCUCGCACGUUCCUAACCCCCAGGGAAUGCUGUGCUGAAGUGUGUGGCUCUCUGGUUAAAUCCACGCUCUCACCGGGACUGGGUGUUUAGCUGGUUUCUCUCUUUACUCUCACAUGGCCUUUUUCAGGUUAGUACAAGCUCUAUCAGGGCCAAAACCCGAAUCUCAUAUGACGUAUGUAUUGAUAGUUCAGUCUCAAUUUUUCCUUUUCCAGAAUGCAAAUCUCAGGUAAUAAGGCUUUAGAACUGCUCAUAAAGCAGACUUGUUCUCAGGCCCUCCCCCUGGUACUUCACAAUGCAAUAAAUCAAAAUAAUGGCAAUCUACUUAUCCGUUUCCCUCCGUAAUUGUGUCACCUUUCCCCCCCCUCAAAUAACCGUAAAAUCCAGAGCCACAGAUCUAGGCUCCUUGGGAAGGUUUGCAUAUUACAGCCCAAAGUUGACAGUCUUGCCUCUGUCUGCUGCCUUUGAUAAGCACUGUGAAAAUGACUCAGUAAGUAGCAUGUUAGUAUUUAAAAUCCAAGACAUGGUCAGAAUGAAGAAAAACAAAUCUGAAAUGCUAUUGUUUUGUGAUCAGUUUAAUGAAGAGAAAUUUUAAAGUAUUUUCUGGGCCUUAUUUUUUUGCUCUGUAGGAGGCAGAAUUAUAUAUAAGAAUAAUUCCAGUGAGGAUAUUCACUGACUGGCCACAGGUAUUUUUUCUGAAGCUUAAGAAUCAGGAAAGUCUUAAGACAGAAAAUUCCAACCCACUCUUAACUUUUUCUCUCAUGUUCCUAAUUUGCCAUCAACAACAACAAAUAUGGAGUAUUUGGGAGCCUCUCCUCUGCUGUCUCUGGCUCCUAACCUCAGAGGUUGCCUGUACGAUAACCCCAGACACUUUCACCAGACUGUGCCCCGCAAGAGUCAUUGGCAAGCCCCUGGCUAACCCGCAAGGCCUGCCCUCUCUGGACACGAGGGGCCUCCAAAUCCUUUCACCGUGAACUCUCCCACACCACCCACCUCUCGCAGGGCGAGCCACACGUGGGGCCCAGCUCAUGCAGACGGUGGACCCCAGAGAGCGAUGCCACAGAGGAUUAUUCCCUUUGGGAGUAAAUUACCUGGAUACCUUACCUCCACUUCCCUUUGGGUUAUUAGUUGAUAAAUUUGCUCUCUAAAGGAAGUUCCUUUUCUGAUCUGAACGGGGUGAGCAGGUGAACUUCCCCCAGUGGGCGCACAGUUCUAGGGUCCAGACGUGUGAGGACUGAGGUCUCCCUUGGGUCUCCCACAGUGCAGUGCACAUGGGCCUCCACUUUUGAUACCUACAGGCAGAUGGCAGACCGCCUGUGGAGCCACAGAACUUCAGGCUCAGGGGGCCUUAGCGGCCACACGAUGCUGCUGCCACCCCUUGGCACCUCAAGUCUCCUCUAUAUCCCGCCUCAGUGUCCAGCCUCUUGUUGAUCCCUAGAAGGACUGCACCGGUCCUCCAGAGACCACCCACCCACACCAAGACCCCUCAGAUCAUUAGAAUGCUCUACCUAUGUUGAGCCAAAGUGUGUCCCUUACAGCUUCCAUCUCCACUCUAAUUUUCACCUGUAGGUCUGUGAAUAACUAAGCAAGGCUUCUUCCAUCUAAUGGUGUUUGAGCAUAAACAUGUGUCUCGUCCUUUUCCAUUUCUCCAGGUGAAGUAGCUCUGGUUCCCUCCCUGAGCCCCCAGGGUUGGUCCCUUCACCCAGAUGUGUCUUCUAGACUCAGGUUUGGUCUGAUCAUCCGUCACUGCCCUUCCUCUGAUCAGCCACUCCGAGCUCCCGUUUGUUGUCUGGUUGUGCACACCACCCUGUGGAGACGCGUGAGUCAUGAGAGCCCUGUUGUGCACAGCUGUUAACCCACCCUCCAGCAAGUGCCCCAGCCCAGCUGGGUUGUCAGACCCUCCGUGGGCCUGUUAGUUUGUCAGUGCUGAAUUUCACCGCAUCAGCUUUAGCUCACAGCCGCAGCCUGUCUGGAUUUGGGAAUUCUGAUUCUUUCUUCCAGUAUGGUGUCAGCCUCUGGAAGCUUUUUAGCUACAUAUUGGCUUAGCCUGCCGUCAAGAGCUUUUAUUCAAAUCAUGGGGAAAAAAUGUUGGCUUGGAUCAAAAUAAGCCCAGAAUCCUUGAGCACCUCACUCACCUCUUCCAGGUUCUCGUGAUUCUGUUAAUCACCGCUCAGAGGGGCCGUUCACACAGUUUUCAGUACAUCUAACUGUAGUAUCAGCUGGCAGACGGUUCUCUCCACAGGGCUGCGUAAGAUCUUGCCACACAUCUUGCUGAAUUCUAGAUUCAUAGAGCUUUGGUGUCUAAUACAUUAGCCACCAGCUACAUGGGGCUAUUUCAAGUUAAAUUGAUUAAAUUCCAUUUAAAACCCAGUUCCUCAGUCACACUAGCCACCUUUCAAGUACUCAGUACCCACAUCCGGCUAGUGGCUACCAUACUGGACAGUGCAGAUAAAGUGCAGAUAUCCCCAGCAUCUCAGAAAGUUCUACUGGAUCACAUACACACUCUUCAGUAAUCUAUUCUAAGAUCUGGAUUUAGUUUAUACAUAACACUCCAACUUCUAUUUUAUGGAAUCUGCAUUCUUCCCUGGUGUUUGGAAACCAGAACAAUCCUGGUCAGUCUCCAGUCUCCCCAGGCUCCCUGGACAGUCUUGCCUACAGGGUGGCUCCCAGGUCACCACUGUGUGAUGCGCUUGGGGUGUGUGCGCAGGAUGGAGAGGCUAACCCAAGGCCAGAGCAGAGCCAGAGCAAGGUAAGUUACCAGCUAUGUUAUUACAAAAGUGGAACCAGAUUAGAAUCCUAGAAUUGCAGAUAAUUAAUUCUAUGAAUCUAUGAUAAGGGCAACCUUAAAGGGAAAGCCUCACAAACAGGGAAGGAGGUGGGGACAACUGUGCCUUGGGGAUGGGAAGGGUGGGUGAGUUGGAUGCUGGAAUACUAGCCCCAGGUCUUGUUUAGAACUGGCUGGAAGAUCUGCCUCUUCCCCCUGGGUGGCUUCACUGCAUGGUUCCCUGAGCACCAGCUGGAGGCCGGCCCACUGCUGCAGUCCGGAGAGCGCUGACUUUGCAGUCAACAAACCUCAUUCCAACUCAGGCUUCCUUCACCCGGGCCUCAGAUGCCACCCUGAAAACUGCAGGUGAUGCCUCCCUCCCAGGGUUGUUAAGGGGACUGCCUGGCGUGUACAAAGGGCCCAGCUGCCACUGACACUCAGUGCAUACCAGCUCGUCACCAGCAUCCAGAACCUUCCACGUCAGAGCUUCCCCUGGGUGACUAAGAGCCAGGAUCUCUCAUGUGCACAGCUGCAAAUCCUGGCUCCUAGUUUGGUGCACAUUCAGGACACUUUGAAAUGGGUGAUCAACAAAUGCUAAAUGAAGAGAACCAAUUUGAUCAGCCAGAGAUUAGCAGAUACAUUUUUUUUCUGAAUUCUGUUUAUGUGAAAAUAUUAUGACAACAUUAAUAUUUUGUUUCCCCAUAAUGCCAGUGGACUGGCACUCUUUAUCUGUCACAUAGAAAGGUACACCAGCGUCAGCAGUCCUGCAUCUGGAGAGCUUUGAGGGAACCUACUUGUGAGAGUGAAGAUACCAUGAAAUGAAGCUUAAGGAAGCCUUGAAACCCACAUGUACUGGAAGGAAAAAAGAAAGUUAAAGAAAAGCAUAACCAAAAUAUUAUGGUAAAAGUUACAUCAUUUUGAACACAAAUUAAUAUCUUUUAGGCCUACAUUUGCAACUUUGAAAACAUUGUUGUGGAUUAUUGAGCAUAAAUUUCCAAUGCUUAAAGAUUCCAGGGAACAGGUACACAAGUGUGGGCAGCACCCCGAACAAGUGUCAGAAUCCUGGUUCUGUGCUCAAGUCCCAGCUCUAUACUAAUUCGCCAUGUGACCUUGGGCCAUCAUUUAAGGAAACUGAGGACCCAAUCAGUACCUAUAACAUUUGCACAUUACAGGUCUCCAGAGCUCUUUGCAGAUUCUGUUCCCUGAGCCUGUGAACCUGGUAGAUACCUGCCUUGCCAGAGUCCUGGUAGGAAGAGAGAGGAAGUGUGUAUUUUCCAGCUGUGAUAGUAAAUACAUUUUGUUUUCAAAUUAACUGGAUUUUUUGCACAUUCCCAUAGGUUCACUUUAGAGUGAGUGCUGUGUCUUAUCACAUUUUGUAAUAAUUUUGUCCUUGAAGAAAUAGAAGCUACCCAGCGUCUGACCAGCCUGCAGAAAACCCCAGGCCGCUUGGAGCUCUGUCCUCACGGGCCAAGUACCCCGGCCUUUCCCAGCUACUGAUGGUUCCAGAAGCACAGCGACAGUCAUCUUGGAGGAAACUGUGUUUUCUUUCAUUUCUGGAAAUAGCUUGAUUUGUCAUUUUAUUGCUUUGUCUGCAUUAAUUUUGUUUAAUGGGACUUUUUCAUAAUAAUAUGGCUUUUUUUAAUGAGAUUUUAAAAUAUAUGCUCAAGUUUUGCCAAAUUGCUGAUUAUCCUUUUAGGUUUAGAUUUGCAAGUUUUUAUUUUCUCAGAAUACACUCAAACAGCUCUUCUGAGGAUAUAUGCAAUUGCACAAGAAAUUCCUUACAUUCUUCAACAUGCAUUUUGAGGUGUAAUGCUCACUAAUCAUGUAGUGUCUUUUAGUUCUGAAAUGGUUAUGGAGGUUUUCUUCAAAGAAAUAACUCCCCGCAGGAAAAGCCUCUCAGAGGGCCCAGAGGGCAGCAGGAGACCCUGAGGACACAGCUUAAAUAAUGGCUGCAGGUGCCACAGGCCUUCUCACGCGUCCACGUGUGUUUGCGUCUCUCGAGUUCGCUCAGUCUUUGACAGUCUGAAGCUGACAUUGGUAAGCUUUUGGCCUGAGCAUUAUCACUGCCCCUUCGGGAGAAGCAGAGACCCUCUGGGGACCAGGGGGGUGUCCGAGACCCCGAGGUUGGAGGCCAGGCCAGGGCACAGAGCACAGGCCACCGUGGAACCUUGAGGCCCAAGAGCCCCAGCCUGGAUGCCUCCUGGAAACCAAACGCUCUGCUCACUUUCAUAUCUUUGAAGUUGACACACUCACCAUCUCAUUUUGACUUCCUUGAAAAAUAAUGUUCACCUACUCUUUGAUGAUUACAUUUGCUCAGAAUUCCUCUUGUAGGCUUCCAAAUGCUUUGGUUUUGCCCUAAUUUUUUCUCUUAUUUCAACAGCUUUACUCAAAGCAUCUUGUGGACCAGAGUUGUCAACUGUUUUGGUGCCUUUAUAAUCUAACUUCAAAUAAAAGUAAAACAUUUGUCCUAGUACAUCGCUAAAUGUCACCAUCCAAACAGACCAGGAGUCAGGAAGCAUGAUUCUGGUCACAUUAAAGUAACUGUGUGACCUUGAGGAAUUCGCCUCCCCUCUGUCAGUCUUGGGUGAGAUGUGUAAUGUGGGACUGUCCAAUCCCCUCCAGGGCUAUUGUGAAGAUGUCAUAGGAUAACAUGUGAAAGUUGCAAGAGCUGUGAAAUGUCGGGUGAUACUGUUCAUACAAUUAAAUAUUAUUCAAGAGUGA